ACUGAGAGGCAAAUGAGGGCUUUGGUUACUUUGUUUUGGCAAACGCUCCCUUGAUUCUACCCACGAACAAUUCAUAGAAGCAUCUUAUCCAUGGCGUCUACAUUUCUCCCAGUACCAAAAACCUUUACUCUAAACAAGCCUACCCUCCCUUCUCUUCCCACCCACAAACUUCUUGGGUCUCGAAGAACUUCUAUAAGAAUCAAUGCGGUUGCAAGUAAAUGGGAACCCACCAAGGUUGUUCCACAAGCUGACAGGGUUCUUAUCCGUCUCCAAGAGUUACCCGAGAAAUCAGAUGGCGGAGUUUUGUUGCCCAAAUCAGCUGUCACGUUUGAGAGAUACCUGAUGGGAGAGAUAGUUUCUAUUGGUACCGAAGUUGGACAAGUGGAGCCUGGAAAGAAGGUUCUUUUCUCUGACAUAAAUGCUUAUGAGGUCGAUUUGGGAACGGAUACCAGGCACGUCUUCUGUAAAGAGAUUGACUUGUUAGCUGAAGUCGAUUGAAGUUUCUGGUCUUUGACGUUGGCACUUAUGCAGUAAAUUUUUGCCUUGUGCCUAACUUUAGAAUGUAUUUCAGAAUUGAGCAGUUCUUGUUGCGUUUUUAUAGCUCGUCACUUUGUAAGGCAUGCUCUGCUACAUUUAUGUCAGUAACUUGUUGGAGAUGAUAAUAAUUCACGAAUAUUCUAUGUUUUAUUUUUUAGAAAA